AUGGCUUCAACUUACCUCGUUACCGGUUCUUCGCGCGGCAUCGGAUUGGCUAUCGUCACCGCCCUUGCGGCUAAGCCGGCCACCGAAGUCAGCAAGGUAUUUGCAUCGGCUCGUACCGAAACCGACAGCUUGAAGCAGCUUAUCGCCAAAUCUGGAGGCCGCGUCGAAUGGGUUGCUCUUGAUGUUACUUCCCAAGAGAGCGCGAAAAGCGCGGCCAACAAGGUUGCCGAAUCUCUAGGUGGAAAUGGCCUUGAUGUGCUCAUCAACAAUGCUGGACUCGGAGCCAAAUGGAACAAGACUGAGGACAUGACGGACCUCGAGGACAUCUUCAAAAUCAAUGUUUUGGGCGUUCAGUACACCACCAGCGCCUUUUUACCCCUGUUGAAAAAGGGCAACGCGAAGAAAAUCAUUGUCGUCUCGACACCCCUCGGGUCCAUCAACUCCGCUCCCGAAUGGAAGUGGGCCCAGGUCCCGGCCUACAAAAUUUCGAAGGCAGCCGUCAACAUGCUCACCGUCCAAUACGCGCUCGAUCUGGAAGACGAAGGCUUCACCGUCGUGCCGCUCUCUCCCGGCUACGUCAAGACCGACAUGGGUGGCGGAAAUGGCGACCUGACGCCGGAGGAAAGUGUCAAAGCUGUGUUGGACAUUGUCUUCCGCGUCACUCGCGCGGACAACGGCAAGUUUUACAAUGUCAAAGUUCCUGGAUGGGAGCAUGAAAAGAAGUACCAGGGCGAGAACUUGCCCUGGUGA